CAUUGCUGAACAUAACGGUUAAAAAUUCGGAGAUCGUUGGCGAAGUGUAAAGUCAACAACAGAAAUAAGAAAUUACCGCUGGAAUAGUAUAAACCAAGCCACUUUCAAGCUCAAUGAGCACGUGUACAGUGAUUAAAUUGAAAAAUUGCAGUAAAUAAAUUGAAGAAAUAGUCGCGUCGCGUCCUAAAAUCCUAGGAGCAUUAGUCAGCACAAAAUAUCAAUAUAAAAUAUAUUAUCUCAAGUGUUUUUUAAAUUUGAAUUGUGAACUGAUACGGUAAUUUCAUUAACAAAGCGGCAAUCAGUUUUUCUCGUAGAAGAACCAUAGUGAGAGUGUAAGAAAAAAUUACGGCUGAGUAGAUAAACUGGGAAGUGAAGAAACAUAGUCAAGAAUUAUAUCGAACGCGUACGGUAGUGCCGCGCAGAGUAGGGACCGAAACGUAUCAAAUCACCUUUAUGCACAAAGCGUCGCUUUAAGUGUACGAGCAAGAAUAAGAGACUUUAGAAAUAAUAACACCGACCAGCUCAAAUUGCCCCUUUGCGCAGGUUUAAUCAAAUUACGUCACGUCAAGGUCCGUAUCGCAACGCGUCGCGACGUCCAACUGCGUUACUAAAGACAAAAUGUGCCCCAACUGAUAGCCCCGAGAAGACAACCAAUAAUCAAGCUAUCUUGGUUGUUCGCCACUUAAGCUCUGAAAUAUUCUAUUUGGAUUAAGUUGACCUUCAGCGCCAAUUGUAGCGGCAGAGCGAAUAUCAUAAAGCGCACACAGUUCAGCACUCUAACUGUUUACUUCCCUGCAUUCGUUUCAAUCAAUUCCGACACAGAGCUUCCAACGUUACACACAAUGGCUACAAACACGGAAAUACUACCCUUCCAUCAUCACACAACUAUUUCUCUACAAACUGCCGCUGCACUGACCAGCUAUCAUGGUGGUGGCAGUGGUGGCGGCGGCGGCAAUGGUAGUGGCGGUGGGGCCGCUGGUUCCGUACUGCCAAAUGCUACACAACUGGCCGCGGCCGCUUGGAACAUGGAGGACUGCCUCUACCAACAGACUGAACUUCCCGCCCUCACACAGCGCGCACACCAUCUGCUGCGCUUCACGCCCUACGCGUUGCAUCAUCGACCCCAACUGCAGACAUUACCACCCGCGUUGUACCUCCAGCACGCCGCGGCUGCUGCCGCCGCUGCGGCCGCACAUGCGCAGCAUCAUCACCAUCAUCAUCAUCUGCAGCAUAGGCCGGCGUCGCCGGAGAGUCCAGCGCCUAUCGAGGGUACACACAUCAGCAAUCUCUUCCCCGAAAUACUCGAAAUGAUCUUCCAGAAGUUGCCGGUACGGGAUUUGGGUCGCGCUGCUCAGGUGUGUGUUGCUUGGCGUGAUGCAGCAUAUGCGAAGAGCGUGUGGAAGGGUGUUGAAGCAAAGUUGCAUCUGAAGCGUUCCAGUCCUAGUCUCUUCAAUUCGCUGGUGCGUCGCGGCAUUAAAAAGGUGCAAAUACUUUCGCUGCGCCGUUCGUUAAAGGAUCUUGUACUCGGCGUGCCAUCACUAGUCUCGCUAAAUUUGAGCGGUUGCUUUAACGUGGCCGAUGUGAAUUUGGGUCAUGCUUUCUCCGUGGAUUUGCCGAAUUUAAAAGAGCUGGAUCUUUCGUUAUGCAAACAAAUCACCGAUACGAGUCUCGGACGCAUUGCACAACAUCUUAAGAACUUGGAGACACUUGAACUUGGCGGUUGCUGCAACAUUACUAACACCGGUUUGUUACUCAUCGCGUGGGGUCUUAAAAAAUUGAAACAUUUAAAUUUACGUUCCUGUUGGCACAUCAGCGAUCAGGGUAUUGGUCACUUGGCUGGCUUGAGUAAGGAAACAGCCGAAGGUAAUAUGGAGUUGGAAUAUCUUGGUCUGCAGGACUGCCAACGACUCAGCGAUGAAGCGCUCGGUCAUAUAGCACAAGGUCUAACGUCACUAAAGUCAAUAAACCUGAGCUUUUGCGUCUCCGUCACGGACAGCGGCCUCAAGCAUCUGGCGCGUAUGCCCAAACUCGAGCAACUCAAUUUACGUUCCUGCGACAACAUCUCCGACAUCGGCAUGGCGUAUCUCACCGAAGGCGGCAGCGGCAUUACCUCACUCGAUGUCAGCUUCUGCGACAAGAUAAGCGAUCAAGCGCUCUCACACAUCGCACAGGGACUCUAUCGUUUGCGCUCGCUUAGCCUAAAUCAGUGCCAAAUAACCGACCAGGGUAUGUUGAAGAUCUCGAAAUCGUUGCAAGAACUGGAAAAUCUUAACAUCGGGCAAUGCAGUCGAAUAACGGACAAGGGGUUAGAGACGCUAGCGCAAGAUCUGGUCAAUCUAAAGACCAUCGAUUUGUACGGUUGCACGCAAUUAUCUUCAAAGGGUAUCGACGUGUUCAUGAAAUUGCCGAAGUUGAUAAAACUGAAUCUCGGCCUAUGGCUCGUAAGAUGAUGCGUCUCACGCAGCAUAAAUCAACGAUGCGCCAAAUAUUCUUCGGCGCGACAAUGCAACAAGGUUUGUUUAACGAAUUCGGUAUGGCAGCGCAAAUUCGGAAUUCAAGGUCCUAUGAGCAACGUGGGUAGAGCAGCCAAAGGGUUAGUAAGGAAGAGACCAGCAAGCAGACAAUUUGCAGAUAUUUUCUAACAUAAACACACUUUAAUUUCGGAUGAUUAAGGUGAUCAACCAGCGAAAUCAGCUCAAUCUCUUGCGUCUAAAUUUUGAUCUUGCCUCGCGCCUAAUUGCUUUCUAGAAUACACCACUGCAACCAUGAGUCCGGGAAUAAUGCAACAAAGCGGCAACCCAUAAUUAUGCAAAACACACAUAUGUAUAUGUCUGUCUGCCUGAAUAUAUGGGCGUGUGUGCACACGAAUGUGCACUCGUGCGGCUAGUAAUGUGUAUCGUCAGCAUGCAAACUCGCCAUCGCGCCACUAACUAAAUGCGCGCACGAGGCUCGGCGGCGGAGAUGGGGACAACUGCAACGCCAAGGAGGAGAGGCGGCUUUGAGAAGGGUGCAGAUCGUUGGAAAAAAUUAAAAUACCGACAAAAUAAGAUGAAUAAAAUUAGUAAAAAAGCAUGUUCGAAAUAAUAAGAGUGGUACAAUAUAACAAAGCCAGCGCAGACCGACCAACAACAACAGCAACGCAUGCAUGACUUUCGUUUCUCAUAAACACGGCGUGUACUAAAUUUAAAACAGCAAUGAAGAACCCAAUAAAAACGCGAAUAGGAGAAACAUUGAACAAAGUGAAACGAAACACCAACGACCAAAACAAGGCUGCGCCAGCAAGAACGGCAGCAGCAACAAUGGCGAUUAACUUGGACGCGAAGUCAGGCACGCAACACAGCGCAGUCCACCAGACAGACAGCGCACAGCAGACCAUGCGGACAGACAAGAACACACACGCUGAAACUCAUAUGUAUGUGCUGCAAGCCUUCAUGUAUGUACAUACGUAUAUCCGUAUGUGUGUGCAUUGGUGUGCGCAUGUGUGUAGAUAUGUAACAGCGCUGGAAUUAUGGCUACUGCAAAGGCUGCUCGCAUGGUUGCCUUGUUGGCUGACGAACGGUGGACCGGAAGGCUCGGCUGGCAUGGCAGUACCUCAGCCAACGCGACUUGACUUGGCACGGCUCGGCUGGCUGGCUGAAUGCAUGGACGUAUGGCUAACCACUUGCCUUGGUUUGCGAUGGCGGCUCACCGCUUUGGUCGCGCUUACUUUGCAUACAACAAACACACAUGCAAAUGCCUGCGUAUGUGCGGCACAUGCUUGUAUGUAUGUAUACUGGCGAUGCGUGCAGACAGCAAAUAUCGCGGCGGCAAUUUGGGUUGAUAUGGCCGGCAGCUAAGACCUGGAGCAUGAUGCGAGUAGAACACUGGCGUAAAGGCAAAUGUAACGGUUAUCCAGCGCUAUUCCAAUGACUUGAAUUUAAAUCACAACUUUUUCAAAUUAAAAUAUAUAUAAAAUAUACACCAAACCACCACCAACAACAACCAACAAUUCCAGUAGACGAAACAAAAGCCAAAGUAGUAAAAUCAGCAACAAACACAGGAAAUACGUAGAUGCAAUGCAAGCAACAACGCCAGGAGAGUGGACGUUAACAACAGCAACAACAAAUCGAUGAUAGUUUGCCCGCGACAACAGGAAUGCAACCAACAACAAGACAACAAGUAGCAGCGCGAGACCGUGGCGGCGGCAGCGUAGCUACAACAAAAGCAACACAACAACUGGCGGUGCCAAGAGUCAGUUCUAGCGGCGCAAGGUUCACUAUUUAGUUCACCUCUAGUGUAUCAAGUUAAGGCUGAGCUCAUUUUUAACAAAGUUAAGGCGCAACAACAACAAAAUUAUAAAACAAAAACACAACAAUAGCAAAAGUAAAUGCACGAACGACCCUCACUUUUGUCUGUCUGUCUGUUGUACACACACACAUGCAUAUACACAGCAAAAUGUAUGAACUAAACCAAACAAACGCAUGAACACCUGUAAAGCUCUGAACCACUACAUGCAUACAUACAACAAAACUACUAAAAAAAUCCACACAGUAAUCCAAAAACAAAAAAAUAAAACAAAAACAAAAACAACACACAUAUAAAAGCAAAAAACACACGCUGAAAGAGUGCAUAUAAAAACGAUAGAAAAUAUUAAAGUAAGAAUCGUUGGCAACAACAACAGUGUGGCGCGCCUUCGCUGCGCGCCUGCUGCGCUCGUUCUGUACACUGUGUAACAAAGCGCCAGCAUGCAAAUUGAAAUUAAAUGCGAAUACUCAAAUUAAAGCAUUGGCCACAGUUGAGUUCGUGUUGGUUUUGAAGUUAUUAUACCCUGAACAGGGUAUAUUAAGUUUGUCACGAUGUUUGUAACACCAAGAAAGAAGCGUCGGAGACCCUAUAAAGUAUAUAUAUAAAUGAUCAGCAUGUUGAGCUGAGUCGAUUUGACCAUGUCCGUCUGUCCGUCCGUCCGUCCGUCGUCUGUAUAUAUACGAACUAGUCCCUCAGGUUUUAAGAUAUCCUUUUGAAGUUUUGCAAACGUCAUUUUCUCUUCAAUAUCGAUAUCGGACCACUAUAACAUAUGGCUGCCAUAUAAACUGGACGAUCGGAAUCAAGUUCUUGUAUGGAAAACUUUCACAUUUGACAACGUAUCUUCACCAAAUUUGGUAUAGAUUAUUUUCUAAGGCAACAAUGUAAUCUCUGAAGAAAUUGUUCAGAUUGGAUUACUAUAGCAUAUAUGUAGCUUCCAUACAAACUGAACACAUAGUUACUAAAAGAAAUGCACCUGUGAAGGGUAUAUUAGCUUCGGUGCAGCCGAAGUUAACGUUUUUUCUUGUUUUCACUUAUAAUAAUAUUGGUCUUUAAUUUGUUUGUGAAUUUGAAAAAUUGUAUGCAAAAUGUAAGCAAACACGAGUUUUGAAUAUAUCAAAUUUCAGUAUCAGCUUGAUUGUGGCAAUGCUUUUAUACCCGGAAAAAAAUCCUGCAAAUGUUAUAAAUAAAUUUAAACGCAAACAAAAUUAAGUAUCGCCAACAUUUCACUCUUCAUACCGUUUUGUUGAGUAGUGUAACUUGCACUCGUAUGCAAAUGCCGAAAAGUUGUGUGGAGCGACUGUCUUCGAUUGUGCUUCUGUGCUCAGAACACUUGCUUGAAGAACUGGAUGGGAUGACUCAUGCCAGGGAGGGUAGCAGUAAUGCCAUUGGCUGACUGAUUUUGUUGUAACUGCAAAAAGUUCGACUCACAACUCUUUAGGCGAGAGAAAAUCAAAUAAGAGCAGACUAAUAUUUUAAAGUAUAAUGAAAAUAAAAAUAAAUUUAUAAAUACAGCAGCAAACAACUAUAUUUAUUAUGAAUCAAUAGCUAUUAAAAGAAAUAACACAAAUUCUCUGUAAAAAAUACACUUAAAAAACGCAAACUAAAAAAUAAAAAUUCAUUGAAAUAAAACUUUGCAUGAAAAAUAAAACAAAAUAUUGGAACUGCAAGAAGAGGGGCUGGAACUGUGGUCGUAAGAAACAAUUUGAGAAAAUGUAGUGGCGUAUCCACGGGGGGAUUUUGGGUGUCAAAACCCUUCUACGAAAUCGGAGAUUUUUUAUUCAAAUUCAGAUGAAUUUUCAAAGUAAAAAAAUACAGAGAGGAAUUCUGAGUCCGCUACUGAGUAAAUGUAAAGUAUACUUGUGGCAAAACUGUAGUUUGUAGUUCGGUUGAUUUUAAUUAAUUUGAUACCAACAUUUUCCGUAAAAUUUUGUUUGCAUUUCGAUAAAAUUUUAAAUUUUUUGGCUUAAAUAUGCUUUGAUUCCCCACACGUCUUGUGCAUUCAUUCGUGCGAUUACUCGAGAUCACUGAUAAGUACAGAGACACAGUUUUUAAAAUUCAUCAGUUAGCUUAUUAGCUCGCUGAAACUUGCUGAUUAUUGGCUGCGAUAAUAAAAUUUUAUUACUAGAUUUUAAUCCUUGACUAUAAGGUUACGAGGGUCGCAGAUGUCAGUAUGAAAGCAGACUGUCAAGAACCGAAAUAUGCGCUUCCAACGUCAAACUACUUUGAAGGUUGGAAAGCCAUUCGAAUUUAUGCAAAAAUGAAUUUGUUCCUUAGUCGUAUGUGUUUCCAGCCGAAAUACUACAACAAAGUCAGUCAAACUAACACUAGCUAGUAAACAGCAUAAAAGACAAAAUGUAAAGAAAAUUUUCCGAAUAAUUUCUGUUAUUAAUACCGACUGGUAAGAAGUAGAGUUGAAAAAUAACUUUUUUUUAUUGCUGAGGGGUAUGAAAAAUUCAAUAAAAUAAGAAGAAAAUGUCUUGUGUUGAAAAGUUCCGCUAGUUUUUUGUUAAAUUUUGUUUAAAUUUAGUUUAAAUAUCAAAACCGAAAUUUAAAAACAUUGAAAAAAUGUAAAAAUUGAGAGAAAUUAGUGAGUACAUAUUUACUUAUGCUAUAUGUAAUUCAAGAAGCAAAAAAAGAGAACACGAAUUCUUUUCUAUUGUGAUAUAAAAAUUUAUUAAAAUAAACUUAAAGAGUUAGUUUUAUUGAAUAAGCUAUAAAUGUAUUUAGUAAAUCCAGAAAACUUUAAAAACAAAACUAAGCACAGAAACUAUCUGAAAGCGAGUUGAAAACUGUAAAAUUCUGUGCUCAGCAGUUUUAGAAAAAUCUGUAAACUAAUUACUGUUUUAUUUGGUUUCAAAUUUCGUUAAAUUCAGUAAAAGCAAUAACAAAUAACUGAAAAAAACACAUUGAUACAAUUAUUUCAAUCAUUUGGAGUUAAAAAGUUGGUGUCCAACAACAGCAACAAUGUAAAAUUAAGACAGAGCAACCAGAAAAUCGAAACCACACCACAAUUUUGCCUUAUUUCUAGCUUACUUACUUUUUGUAAUGUAUAUAUCUAGAUCUGUUUUUUCUAAUCUAAGUUGUGUUUAGUUCGCUAACUGUUAAAUAUUGUUUGUUUUGCUUAUGUGUUUAACAAAAUGCACUACUGUAAGUCGUCUUACACCUAAUCUAUUCAUAGUUGAUUUAGUUAACCGUUAUAGUCUUCGUUUGUAUGUGUACGUAUAUUUAAGAUUAUGUAAGUAGUGUUUUGUUAUAGCAUAAUAUUGUAAGAAAACUAAAAGAAAUAAGACAAUUACAUAAAUACUUCGCCUAUCAAGCAAAUAUAUAGCAUACAUACGGGCGUGAGUGCAGGAGGAACAGCGUUUGACAGUUAAUCUACUGGCAGUUCUUCGGAGACAUGCAACUAAAAUCCUAAAAUACAAAUAAAAAUUAUUAAAAUACAACCAAAUCGAAAAAUUAAACAAAUUAA